CCCUCUCCUCUCACGAGCAAUCAAUCGCUUUCGGCGCCGCCGCAUCCGCCGUCGCGUCCCGCCACGCGCAACUCCUUCCGCCGCCUCCCCCCAUGACCACCUCCCGCGUCCUCCACUUCCUCCGUGGGCCGGCGACCUCUCCCGCCCCCGCGGACUGCCGGGGCCCUCGCCAACCGCAGCGCCUCCGCUUCCCGCAGGCUGGCGAGGGGAUGCGGCGCGUCUCCGUGGCCUGCUCCUCCUCCUCCACCGGUGAGGACGAGGGCAUGACGUACAAGGGCGCCGGUGUGGACAUCGACGCCGGCACCGAGCUCGUGCGUCGCAUCCGCAAGAUGGCACCCGGGAUUGGCGGCUUCGGCGGCCUCUACCCCUUUGGAGAUGACUUCCUUGUUGCUGGCACUGAUGGUGUAGGGACAAAGCUGAAACUUGCCUUUGAAACCGGUAUUCAUGAUACAAUUGGCAUUGACCUGGUUGCUAUGAGUGUCAAUGACAUUGUAACUUCCGGUGCAGAACCAAUGUUCUUCCUAGAUUACUUUGCUACCAGCAAGCUUGAUGUCGACCUUGCAGAGAAGGUUAUCAAGGGGAUUGUGGAUGGGUGCGAACAAUCAGAUUGUGUUCUCCUAGGAGGGGAGACAGCAGAGAUGCCUGAUUUCUAUGCGGAGGGUGAAUAUGAUCUAAGUGGUUUUGCUGUGGGUAAAGUGAAGAAGGAUAAGCUCAUUGAUGGAAAAAACAUUGUUAAGGGAGAUGUCCUUAUAGGUCUUCCUUCCAGUGGGGUUCAUUCUAAUGGAUUCUCUCUUGCUAGAAGAGUACUGGAGAAAAGCAGACUCUCAUUGAGUGACCAACUCCCAAGAAAUGAUGGCAUAACAACUACUGUUGGUGAAGCCCUUAUGGCACCAACUGUCAUCUAUGUUAAGCAGGUACUCGAGAUCAUUAGCAAGGGUGGUGUGAAAGGACUAGCCCACAUUACUGGUGGUGGAUUUACAGACAAUAUUCCUAGAGUGUUUCCUUCUGGUCUUGGGGCAAAAAUUUUCACUGGAUCAUGGGAAGUGCCACCUGUCUUCAAGUGGCUUCAACAGGUUGGAAACAUUGAUGAUGCAGAGAUGCGGCGGACAUUCAAUAUGGGCAUUGGAAUGGUUCUUGUGGUAAGCAGAGAGUCAGCAGACAGAAUUAUUGAAGACACCCAUGGAUCAAGUCCUGCUUAUCGCAUUGGAGAGGUGAUCGAGGGCGAGGGGGUUCACUAUGUCUGACCCGUUAAGCCUUCAUAGCUUGUAGCAGCUUGAGGCUUCGGCUGGACAAAGAAGUCCAGUUUCUGUAACAGCAUAAUCUUAUGGGGCUAAGUUCUGCAGUGUAGUGGUUCUACAUUACUACUCCCACAAGAAACGUGGGGGGUAACCAAAUAAUGUUUAAGUGGUUCCGUGAGAACUUGCCCCUAAACGGCUGAUAUUAUUAUUUGGAUCUACUUGAGGAGUACUUAAUGGGAAUGCUCAGAUGUCCAGAAUUUUCUUGGAGAGUA